UUCUAAUAAUUUUCUGUAAAUUAUUGAAAAUUUGUUUUCAGUAUUAAAGAUUUGAAAAAAGUCCAAAAUCAGAAAUCGUAUGUAUUUAAACGAAUUAUUUUUGAAAUUAUUUUCAACAAAAAAAUAUUUAUUAAACAAUAAAAAUAGUUGUUUAAAAAAUUAAUUAAUUCAAUUUAAAAAAUUUAAUAAUUAUAAUUUAUUUGUAAUUUAAACGAGAAAAAAAAGAAGAAAAUGUCUCGAAGAAAUCUUUCUACUUGGAAAGAACUCAAUAUCAUUUCUGCAUAUCAAAUGGAUAACAAUUUCCUAAAGAAAAAGAAUUUACACAAAAAAUUAAACCAAACAAACACCAAAUUCUCUGUCAUUAUAUUUUGAAAUAAAAAAAAAACAAAAAAAGGAUACAAAAUUCAAAAUAAUUAUUAUAUAAUACGAAAGAAAUGGUAAAUUUAAAAUGGGUACCACCAAUUAUAGGUAGCCUUGCGCCAGCUCUUAUACCACCAGCACAUAUUGUUGUUUUAUGGUAUUUUUGGCAAAAUUAUUCACGUUAUGUUGAUAAACGCUUUUGUUCGUGCUCAUGUUGGGAUACAGUUUUUAAAGGACCUUAUGAAUCUGGUAUCGCAUCAUACAAACACAUGUAUUUUAAUGCAACACAAAAUACUUUAAAAAUAUGGAUUUUAAGUGUCUUUUGUAUAAUUGUUUUAUACGAAAGUGUUAAAAAAUUGACAAAAUUAUUAUUACAACGUCGUGCCAGACAUUCUAUGAUUUUUCUAUUUACAUUAUCAUUAUAUUCACAUUAUUAUUCUUGGUGGAGUUUUGUAAAUUACUAUAAUGAUGAUUUUUUUAAUCAAUGGAAUCAUCAAAUGGUUUUCACGAUAACUGAAUUAAUAAGUACGGCAACAGUAAUAUAUUUAGUUAACAAAGACACCCCAUUAUCUCCGAGAGCAAUACUAUGUAUUGUUGGAAUAUCUAUUUUGCAUAUAGCUGCUGGCAGCGUUGAUCAGUUUAUUCAUAAUGUGAUAUUAGGUGAAGGUUAUAGCCAUCAAGUAAUUCGUGAUGUCUCCUUAAUGACACCAGACGUCAUGCAUUUAUGUAUUCCUGUUUGGUUAUUUAGACAAACAAGAAAGGAGGCAUUCACAGUAAGACCAUUUUAUAGAGAUCGAAAAUUGCAAAGGGAAAUUGCAAUAAUGAUAUUUUGUGUAUUAAUUUUACUUACGGUGCUGUCAUUUUUAUAAAGUCAAAAACAUUUAUAAAUUUUGAAUCAUCGAUGAAUUUAAUUAAUUUUGCAAAACAAAUUUAACAUAUAAUGCUGAGAAUUGAGCACUAUUAUAUUAUAAGACUAUUAUUUAAAUUAACGUGACAUAUUUACUCAAUAAAUUAAGUAUAAUAAUAGGCUAUAACACAUAAAAAUAUACAAUAGUUAGAUUAUGUAAUGACAUAAAGUGAGAAUCAUACAUAGAAAUACACUCAUGAGCAUUUUCCAAUGCACAAAUGUAUGUACAUAUAUAUAUUAUAUAUGCAUAGCUCAUAAUUUUCAUAAUAUAAAAAUUCUAUUUAAUUUUAUAUACAAAUACAUCGCUUUAUACAGGGUGUUUCGCAUAAGGUAGCAAAUAAUUUCAGGGAUGAUUCUUUGAUCAAUUUCCAGCAAAAAAUUGUAUGGGUGCACAUGUACUCAUUUUCGAGCUACUGCCUGUUGAAAAAAAACGUACCAGACUUUUCCUGCAUAUAAAUAAAUUUUUGUAAUUCGGAACCGUAAAACAUAGAGUUAUCAUUAGGAUGGACCAUACAACAUAGAGUUUUCAUUAUGUGCUUGUUUCACAUACGAUUAAAUGUUUUUUAGUUUUGGCCUUACUAACUAUUUUAAUUUGAGCCAUAGUUUUCGAGAUACAGCUUAUCAAUGUCAAAAUUUUUGUUUUCUUUUUAGAAAAUUUUUUUUACUGAGAAGAAUAUUUGAAUGUCACAUGAUGUCGAACAAUAUCUAAAUGCGAUGCGUAUCGUAUUAAAUCAGCUGUGAAUCAACUUUUUUUUUGUGAUUUUCUAUUGAUUCAAAGUUUUUAAAGUGAAAGCUAAGAUGUAAAUAAUUUAUUAUUUAAAAUUUAAAUACAUUGUAGGUUUUUAAUUGUUGAUAAUUUUAAUACUUAAAAAAAAAAAAAUUUUAAAAUAAGCGCCAAAAACAUGAGGCGGAAAGUGUUCAAAAAUGUCAAAAUAUGUUGCAUCAGCAAGGUAAACACAUCACAUCAGUAUAGCAUCAGCAACUUUGCAACGACGGUGCGUUGAAUCAAAUUUUUCAUUACUUGCUGAUUAUAACCACUUUCUUGGAUAAUUAUAUGCAGAAUUUCUGGAAGAUAUAAUAAAAUAAUUCAAAAGCAUGACAUAAUGCUUUUGAUAGACAAGUUAUCUUUUAAAGCGAAUGGUUUUUAAUAAAAUAAAACCCAUUUUCAAAAAAAUUGUAAUUAAUAUUUUCCUCCACUCGUUUUCAAUUGUGAGCUGAGCGUAUAUACAUAUGUACAUACAUAAAUGGAACUCGAGAUAAUUGACACUUGUUCUAUUUGUUAUAUGUAUACAGUACUCAUAAGUCACAAUAAAUAAGAGUUUUUAUGUUUCCAUAUAAUAUAUUUGUUAUUAUAUGAAAUUUUAAUAUUAUCUUAAUAUUAAUAAUAUUAAACAAAGAAAUGAGCAUUAAAAAAUUUCUAUAAAAUCAACAACACAAAAGUUAAAAAAGCAAAAAAAGUAUUAUUAAAAUUAUAAAAAAAAGGGAAAAAAUUUAAAUUCUGAAAAUGUAAAAUGUGUAAUCGAUAACGUAAAAUGCGCUUUGAAUUCUUUUGCAUCUUAAUCGAUAUUGCAGUUAACAAAAGGAUUGUAAUUUUUAAUGUUGUCAACAGAUGCCUGACAACAUUUAGAAUAACAAUGCUUUUGUAAUUGACAAAAUUAAAAAUUACAAUGCAUUUGCAGUUUGUAUAUAACUUAUAUUUAUAGUACAACGUAUAUAGCAAUCAAUAACACAAAAAACAAAUGUGUAAUUAAUAAUGUCAAUUGCCUAUCGUAGCUAAAAUUUUUUCGCAAUUUUGGAAUAAAAAAAUUUCAGCUGCCGAUUUUGUUUUUUGUGAGAAAUGGAAAUUUUCGAAGAGGAUAAAUUAAUUUUAUUUAAUAAAAUGGCAUUCAAUAAAAAAAAGAUAUCCAAUCUAAAUUAUAAAAAAUAAUUUUUUGCUAAAGCACUUGGCAAUCGGUUUGAAUACAAAAAUUGAUAUACAAAAAUCUUUUAAGCAUAUUUUGUUGGUUGCCGGUUGGUGAUCGUUUUCAGAUGCAAUUGUUGUCGACCGGAAUUCGACAUUAUCGAUUACACUUAGCAAAACUUAAAUGUUACAAAAAUUGAACAAUAAAUAUGUUAAUACUAUAAAUAUUGUAAACAACUAGAUAAUCAUUAUUAUAAAUGUUAUUUCUUGUUACAGAAUAAAAUGAAUUAAUAAUAAGGUUAAGAUACAUAUCUUGUAAAAUAUAUACAUAUGUACAUAUAUGUAAGUAAAAAUUAAAAAAAUAACAAUGAAAUAAUUCAUAGAAAAAAAUAUAAAUUGAAAAUCCCAACGUACUUACAAACAUAUCCACCCGAAUUUAAAAAGGAAAAUACAUUUUUUGUUUAUUUAUAAUAUGUACUUUAGAUAAAUUUUAUGUAAGAAUUCUUUUUCUAAUUUAAAACUAUAAUAAAUAAUUAAACAAUAUACAUAUUAUAUAAAUAAACGGGUUCAUAGUAAGAAAUAUAAUGAACAAGAACUGAGAAAUUUAAAUCUUCCAUACCAUUUGAAAAUAUUUAAUAUUAUACAGAUACAUAUACACAUACAUAGAUAAUUAUCAUUGUCAUGUAAUCCAUACUGAUGUCCAAAUACAUAGUAUGCAUAGCUUAAAAAUAUAAAAAACAUAUUAUAUUUGUUUAAACAUAGAUGUAAUAUACAUAUGUAUACAUAUACAUAUGUACAUACGUACUUGAAAUUUUAGAUACAUACAUAUAUGCUAAUAUUGCUUUCAUGUACAAAUAAGAACUAUUGUUAAUUAUUUUUUUAUUAACAAUUCUCUAUACUUUACAUAACAAAAAUCUAAGUUUUGAAUAUUAAUAUAGCAAAAACUUAAAUCUGUUUUAAAUCUUGAAAAACUUAAAUUUUGCAGAAAUUUUCUUCCUAUUUUUCCUUUAAUUUUUCUUAUACGUAUAUGAAAACUAGAUGUUCACCAUGGGUAUGUGUGUGUUUUACUAUGUAAUUCGAUUUUUGUGAAACAAUUUUAGUAUUUGGAAAAAUGAUAAGGUAGUGCCAAUCGAUUUUUAAAGUACUUUAGUAUACAUAGACUUUUGCAUUCCUGCAAAUACAAAAAUUACUUUACGAAAAUCGGAUUACUGGUUUUUCUCAUUAUUAUAUUUUCUCUUAAAUUAAUAAACUUUCACUAAAAAAAACGAGUUUAAGCGAGAAUUUCUGUAGACUUGUGUAGCAUAAAGUAGUAAUUAUCAAUAUUUCUAACCAAGCAAGAAAUUCUGACCAAUUUCUAAUAUUUGACUUCUGCUUGCUCCCGGAAGCUUUUGAAGAAAUUCGGAUGGCAUAACCACGCCUUGAAAUUUUUAGAUUCCAAUUCGACAUAUUUGCUUCUUCAAUUCAAAAUUUUAUUUUGCUCUUACAAGAUUUGUUUUCUAGUUUAAUGCUGGUUGGUACUCCAAUUCAGUGACUGAUGUCGAUUGCACAUCAAACCUUUGUUUCUAUAAACAGCUAAUUGCAAUAUACUUUUUAUUUACGAAAAUUUAUACUUUUCUUAUUCAGGGUUUCCAUAGUGCAGUAAUUUUCAUUUUUUUUUACAUCCUCGAGAAAAAUUUUAAUUGAAUUAACCGAAAAAUUAAUUUGAUUACCGUAUAUUAAAUAGUAUCUACGUAUAAACCUUCCUAGAAAAGAAAACUGGAAACAUUAAUAAAUUAACAAUUAAUAAAUAAUUCAUUAAUUAA